GCAGUGCAACAGAGAAGCGUAAAGGGUACGGCUGGCCAUCUUUAUUUAGCAUCCAUUUAAGGUCAUGAUGCUGUUAAUGAUGUCAAAGAAAAGACGAGAAACUGGGAUUCUGCCAAUGGUGGUAUUAUCACUCUUUGUGUCUGCUCAAACUUCAGAUAUCACAAGACACCAAAUCACUGAUGAAUCCUCCUUCAACACCACAGACCCCUCCAAAUUAUCAAUGGAGACUUCCAGUCCCCUACAGUCUUCCUCGAACCAUUCACAUCUGCCAACCACAGCUGUCAGACAUCACAUCAGCCCUGAUAAUACCUCGAUUGUCAUCCCUUACUUCAAAGAGCAUGUACCUCUAAAACUUAUGUUCAUGAUACAUGUGAUAAAUUUCUGUAAAAAUCAACCACAAUCAUUCAAACAUUAUCUUAUUAAAUUGAGACUGUGCAAGAACACUAAUGCAAUUAGGCCAUUUCAAAAGAAGACACUUUAUUUCUGCUUCCGUGAGUACAGGCGACUCUAUGGUAACAAAGCUUUCCCAUCACCCUCUACUUUCCAAUUAGGUCCGGGAACUUCAGUGAAGAUAUAUCGUCAGGAACCAUUUGUGAGUAUGUGUCUUCCUAAUUUCCAGAGGAAUAAUUUGUGUAUCGAGAGAAAAUACAUGACUUUCUGCUUUGACGAGAUGAUUGUGUUUCUCCAUAGUCAGAGUUGUACUCCACCGUCAGAUGAGGACAAGCAUUUCGAGAUUCUCUUAACAUACACGAACUUGGUAAUGGAUUAUGACUGUUUUCAGAAUAUAUGCAAUGGGUUCUUUAGAGUCAUUGAAAGAAAUAUAAAUGGAAUCAGAGUAAUAGUGUGGAGGCUAGUGAACAAAAAGAGUAAGUGUCAAUACUUACUUCAUUAUAAAGACAUAUUGAAUUUCUUUGUUGAUGAAAGUAGGGUAAAAUUUGCUAUUACAGGGAAUCUACAUUUUCCAUGUUGCUAUGCAAUGCAUUAUGCCAUGUGCUUGGUGACCCUGAGGCAGUGGGACUCAAUGUAUUCUGGGAUUAUUUACCCUUCUGGUGUCGUGUAG